AUGCAGAAGGAUGGGCGGGAGAGGCUUCGGGUCCUCGUGGCAGCGGGGUGGACUUCUGGUGGGACGGAAGGGGAUUAUGGGGACCCAGGGUCGCUGGGAGAAGCAGCUGCGGUGGCCUGGAGACAUGGCGGGGUGGCCCGAGGAGGACUGUGGUGCAGAGUUCCUUUAAGGGUCAUCCCGGAGCGUCUUGGGUGUCCUGAGGGUGAGGGACAACCUGGCAGAAGACUGGCUUCUGACAGCACCCUCACGGUGCCCUUCCUGUCUAACGUGGAUGCCGAGGUGGCCCUCAGGUUCCUGUUGCCAGGUGCUGACCUCUACCGUGGGAUGGUUCUUUGGGAGCUCUCGGUGACUGGCAGUGAGCUCUUUAUCCGAUUAACUUCCGAAGAUGCUGAGCUCCUGCAAAUUUCCACUUUCUACUUGCUCACCCAGCUCCUCAUAGUGGCACGGAUCAUGCAGCACAUUGUGUUCCCGGAUGUUGCUAACUUUCAGUACAAAAGAGCAGAUUGA